GGAGCGGCAGGGCGCCUGCGGCCGGGGCGGAAGUCCCGGGCGGGCGCAGGGCGGAAGCGGCGACAGGGGCGGCUGAGGCUCAGAUGCCUGUUUCCAGCAGACUCUUAAAUACUCAGAGGCAGUGUGGAGAAUUAAGAUGCUCUGGUUUCAAGGAAAUAGCAUGCAACUUGCCAAACACUCCUUUCAACUGCUCUUGAGAAAUCUCUCUGCCUCAAAGACUGCUCUGCCUGUGCUGACCUUAUUCACAAAGGAUCCAUGUCCCCUUUGUGAUGAAGCCAAGGAAGUACUGGAGCCUUACAGAAACCGGUUUAUUUUACAGGAGGUGGACAUCACACUUCCAGAAAACUCUGCUUGGUAUGACAGGUAUAAAUUUGACAUCCCUGUCUUUCAUUUGAAUGGCCAGUUUCUGAUGAUGCAUCGAGUAAACCUCUCAACACUUGAAAAACAGCUCCAGAAACUUGAGCAGCAAGGUGCAGGAAGCUGACAAACACCCUCAUGAUUUUCUACCUUCUCUGUCCAGAACGUGUUUUCCUGAGGAAAUGACUGUGUCUUCAAACUCCUUUUGUCAUUUUCACACAGCUCUACAGAUGUUCUGAACUCAGUGGUGCCAAAUAGUGAUAUUCCUUUUGUGAUUAAUGGAAGUACCAAUGUGGGAACUGUUUACGUGCUGGCAUUUUAUAAAAUAAGUGGGGUGUAUUGUCAGGGAGGGGAUGAUGGAAGGCAGGAGGAAUCCACUUGUUUUAUUUAUUUUACUCUUUUGUAUUACUAUGGAAGCAUCUCACAUUCACUGGACUGAGCCGUUUAUAAGAAGGCGGCUCUGUCCCUGCUGCUGCCCUAAAGGCUUAACUUUUUAAUGAAAGAAUAAAUGUUCUUCCACUUGGUAGAUAAAGUGAAAUGUGAAUUGCUAAUAACUGUACACAGUCAGUAAAAGGAUGUUUUAACAAAUA